AUGGCACCAGCGAUGCUACUGAGAUUGGCCUUUUGUUCUCUUGUCGCUAUGGCGGUGGCAGCCAUGGACUCCACGCUGGCGAGCUCGGCCGCCAACCCCCUCAGACUGUGGCAAACCACAGCAGGCGUCACGUACAACGACUCGUUCCUCAUCGGCAACGGCCGCCUUGGCUUCUCACUGCCGGGAACCGCCCUGACGGAGGCCAUCACGCUCAAUGAGGAUUCUUUCUGGUCGGGUGGGAAGAUGGAUCGCGUCAAUCCAGACGCCGCCGCCAACAUGCCCCAGAUCCAGCAGCUGAUUACCCAGGGCAGAAUCGAAGAGGCCGCAACGCUUGCCGGCAUGGCGUACAAGGGUCUACCAGACUCGGUAAGGCACUAUGACUGGCUCGGUCGACUACAUCUUGCCAUGAAGGGGCCGGCAGGACAGGCAGGGAACUAUGAGCGGUGGCUGGACGUUGGCGAGGGCUUAGCUGGUAUCGAUUACACUGUAAAUGGUACAGAUUUUAGCCGGGAAUAUUUGGCCAGCUUCCCGGACCAGGUCAUUGCUGUCAGAAUUAAGAGCAACCGGAGCAGGUCCAUCUCCUUCACGGUCAGCCAGUCACGCGGCAGUGGUCUGAACAGAUUUCAGGACUAUACGACAGCACUGGACGGCGACACGAUCCUUAUGGGUGGUGGCAGCAUGGGGUCUGAUGCGAUUGUCUUCUCAUCAGGGGCAAAGGUGGCAGUAUCAAGUGGCUCCGUCAAGACGAUUGGCGAGACCAUCGUUGUGAGCGAUGCUGAUUCUGCAGUUAUAUACUGGACUGCGUGGACCACCUACCGCAAGCCCAAGGACCAGCUGCGGCAGUCGGUACUGGCGGAUCUUCGCACAGCUGCUGCGAAGGGGUAUGACGCCAUUCGAGCCGAACAUGUAGAGGACUACCAGAAAUUGGCUGGCCGGGUUGAUCUCAGCCUGGGAACAUCUUCCAGCGAGCAAAAGAGCAAGUCGACGGCACAAAGGCUGCGUGGCAUGUCCCAGUCGUUCGACCCAGAGAUGGCCACGCUGUACUUUUACUUUGCCCGCUAUCUUUUGAUUGCCAGCGGGAGGCCGGGGACUCUGCCAGCAAACCUGCAGGGCAUUUGGAACACUGACAUUUCCCCACAAUGGGGCUCCAAGUAUACCAUCAACAUCAACCUGCAGAUGAAUUAUUGGCCAGCGUUGCUAACCAACAUGCCCGAGCUGCACCAUUCCCUCUUGGACCACCUCAAGAUCAUGCAUCAAAACGGCAAAGACGUCGCCCGCCGCAUGUACAAUGCCUCGGGUUCCGUAUGCCACCACAACACGGACCUCUGGGGUGACUGCGCGCCGCAGGACAACUACGCCGCUUCGACCUUCUGGCCGACCGGUCUAGGCUGGCUCGUCACGCACGUCCAUGAGCACUACCUCUUCACUGGCGACCAGCAGGUGCUGAGGGACUACUAUCCAGUGCUGCGUGACUCUGCCCUGUUUUUCCUCGACUUCCUCACAGAGUAUCAGGGUCACCUCGUCACCAACCCCAGCGUCUCCCCCGAGAUCCAGUACUACCUGCCCAACAGCACAACAAGACAAGGGGUGGCCUUGACUCUGGGCCCGACGUGCGACAACUCCAUCAUCUGGGAGGUGUUUGGACUUGUGUUGCACGCAACCGACAUUCUGGGAGACGUAGACGGAAAGGAACUGCCGGAUCGCGUCAAGUCGGCGCGUGCUCGCCUCCCACCGCUUCGCAAGGACCAGUACGGCGGCCUCGCCGAGUUCAUCCACGACUACACGGAAGACGAGCCCGGGCAUCGACACUUUUCACAGCUGUUUGGCCUCUUCCCGGGCAGUCAGAUAACAUCGUCCAGCGGCCUGCCCUUCGAGGCGGCCAAGCGCUCGCUGGCAAGGCGGCUGGGCAACGGUGGCGGAGACACGGGCUGGUCCAGGGCCUGGUCGAUUGCACUGGCCGCGAGAUUGUUUGAUGCGGAUGGUGUCGCCAGGUCGUACGACCACCUCUUGGUAAACUUGACAUACCCAAACUCCAUGCUUGACAUCAACGCCCCUUCGGCGUUCCAGCUAGAUGGAAACUAUGGCGGAGUGACCGUCGUCGAAGCCAUUGUUCAGAGCCACGAACUGGUGACAGCCAACGGGGACGCGGCGACGUUGGGGGACGGAACAGAAGCGCACCAUCUCAUCCGGCUGCUCCCUGCUCUGCCGCGGCAAUGGGCGGCGAACGGGGGUGGACAUGCCAAGGGUCUCUUGACAAGGGGUGGAUUCCAGCUUGAUGUGCACUGGGACGACCAGGCAAGGUUGACGAAUGCGACUUUGACCAGCCUCCAAGGGAACACCGUCUGGGUUACUCUGGGGGCCAUUCCACUCGGGCAGGCUAACGGUACCUCUGCCACCAUCACGGUAGAGGGUCAUGGAAACGGGAUCUUUGUCAAGUUGCCGUCCGAAAGGGGCAAGACGUACAUUGUCAAGAGAGAUGAGCAAUAA